GACUAGAUUUGUCAAGAUUCUGGAUCUAGAUUAGAUCUAUCUGAUCCAGAUCUUUAACUUAUUAAACAUAAACGUCAUUUAUAAACGUCUACACCAUUUUAACUUUGAAUUGCAUUUAUAAUUUAUUCUGAGAGAUAAUGCUGAGUGCAAAACGUAUCAAAUUCUGAAAUGGCAAACACCAAUCGCAAAGAUGACAAUGCAAUUUUCCGCAUUCCACCCUACUACUACAUCCAUGUUCUGGAUCAGAAUACCAAUGUCACCAAAAUUGAGAUUGGACCUCAGACAUACAUCAGACAGGACAACCAAAGGGUUACCCUUGGUCCUGAGAAGAUGGUUGUGGUCCCUCCACGCCAUUACUGUGUCAUAGAGAACCCAGUCAGCAGAGACAAGGAUGGGAAGAUUGUUGUGGACGCCCUUGGUCAGAUUAAGCUUCAGCAUGCUGACCAAGAGAUCAGACUCACCCAGGACCCAUUCCCUCUUUAUCCUGGCGAGGUUUUGAAAGAGGCUGUGACUGCUUUGAAAGUAGUCCCUGCCAACACUGCUUUGAGGAUCAGAGCCAUUUUGGACUUUGAUGAUGGUGAUGUGAGACGAACGGCAGGGGACGAGUGGCUGUUUGAAGGCCCAGGCACGUACAUCCCAAGGAAAGAGUGUCACAUAGAGGAGACCGUUCGAGCAACGGUUAUUGGUCCAAACCAAGCAAUCCGCUUGCGAGCUCGUAAAGAAUGUGAAGACAGGGACAAGGUCCCACGUGUGACAGGUGAAGAGUGGCUCGUCAAAAAGACUGGUGCUUAUUUGCCUGGAGCCUAUGAAGAGGUCGUUGACAUUGUCAAUGCAUACGUCCUCACAGAAAAGAAAGCUUUACACAUGCGCUCUCUAAGGACAUUUAAAGAUGACUUUGGCAUCAUCCGCAAGAAUGGUGAAGAAUGGCUAAUCACAAUGAAGGACACUGAAACCCACAUUCCAAAUGUGUAUGAAGAGGUUGUUGGCGUGGUCAACAUCACAACCCUGAACAACCGUCAGUACUGCAUCAUCCUUGACCCUGUUGAUUCACAGGGUAAACCACAGCUUGGCCAGAAAAAGCUGGUCAAGGGUGAGAAAUCAUUUUUCUUGAUGCCUGGUGAAAAGCUGGAAAAAGGCAUUCAGAAUGUGUACAUCCUUGGUGAAGACGAAGGGCUUAUUCUUAGAGCAAACGAAACAUUUGAUGAUGGGGAUACCAGCAGAUCUCCAGGUGAUCGUUGGAUGAUCCGUGGUCCCAAAGAAUACGUCCCACCUGUUGAAGUGGAAGUUGUCAUGAAGAGACAAGCCAUCCCAUUGGAUGAAAAUGAGGGUAUCUAUGUCAGGGACAUCAAGACUGGCAAGGUGAGAGCCAUCCAAGGUGAGACCUACAUGAUCAGCCAGGACGAGGAACUCUGGGCCAAGGAGUUGCCACCCACUGUAGAAUCUCUCCUCGCCGUUGACCAUAUGGCUGAGCGCAGCGAGAGAAAAGCUGAUGCCGCCCCUAAACCCCGUGAUAAGACGCGCGUUGUGUCGUUCCGUGUGCCCCACAAUGCAGCAGUCCAGAUUUAUGAUUACAAAGAGAAAAAAGCCAGGGUUGUGUUUGGACCAGAGCUGGUGAUGCUGGGUCCUGAUGAACAGUUCACCCAGCUCAGCCUGUCUGGUGGCAAACCCAAGAAGCCAAACGUCAUCAAAUCCUUGUGUCUGCUGCUGGGGCCAGAUUUUUGUACUGAUAUUAUUGUUGUUGAAACUGCUGAUCAUGCCAGGUUGUCACUGCAACUGUCUUACAACUGGCACUUUGAAUGUCCAGAGAGAACGCCUGUAGAAUCUGCCAAGUUGUUCAGUGUCCCAGAUUUUACUGGUGAUGCCUGCAAAGCCAUCGCAUCCCGUGUUCGUGGUGCAGUUGCUCAAGUUCAGUUUGACGAUUUCCACAAGAACUCGGCUAAAAUCAUUCGGGCCUCAGUGUUUGGCAUUGAUGCCAACGGUAAAGUGAGAGACAAGUUCCAUUUCCCUCAGAACAAUUUGGUGAUCACCAGCAUAGACAUCCAGUCUGUGGAGCCAGUGGACCAGAGGACUCGGGACGCCCUGCAGAAAUCUGUGCAGCUGGCCAUUGAGAUCACAACAAACUCACAGGAAGCUACAGCCAGGCAUGAAGCAGAACGUUUGGAGCAAGAGGCUAAAGGUCGUCUUGAGCGUCAAAAGAUCUCUGACGAAGCCGAGGCUGAGAAAGCUCGCAAGGAACUGCUGGAACUACAGGCCAACAGUGCAGCUGUUGAAAGCACUGGUCAGGCUAAAGCUGAGGCACAAAGUAGGGCUGAGGCUUCCAGGAUUGAGGGUGAGGCUGCUGUGGAGCAAGCCAGGCUCAAGGCACAGGCUACUAAAAUUGAGGCGGAGUCUGAGCUGGAACGCUUGACAAACGCCCGUGAGGCAGAGUUGAAGUACGUGUGUGAACAGAACAAGAUGGAGCUGGAGAAAUCCUCUGAGCUCACCACUAUUGAGGUCAACAAAUUCAAGGAGAUGGUGUCUGCCAUUGGUGCCCAAACUCUGCUGGCUAUGGCUACUGCAGGACCUGAUAUGCAGGUUCGCAUGCUGAAAGCCCUCGGUCUUAGGUCUACCUUAAUUACUGACGGCUCUUCGCCAAUCAACCUAUUCAACACUGCCUCUGGCUUGAUUGGAGGCCUAGUUCCCUCCCGAGGUCGCCAAAGUGAAGAGGAAACUGAGGACUAAGAGAAACCACUGUUCUUCACUAACCUGAAUUCAAGUUGUGACAAAAUAUCACUUAAAUAUUUUCCCGCUUGCAGAUAACUAUUUGUUCACUUUUUCUUACUGCCAUAGGUAUGACCAUUAAGUAGUACAAGACUUCACUUUGUAUUGCUUCAUGUGUGAGUGCUCUGUGAUAUAAUGUGAUGGUGAUGUUUACUAAUUCUUUCUUAUAAAAAAUGUAAUAUUUCCUUAACUCUUAUGGAAAGAAACAUAUCAUUGUUAAUGUGCUUUAUAAAUUUAUUUAUCCUACUAAACAUAAUAAUGGGAACAAAUGUUAUAUACUAUGGAUGUAUGAGCUUGCAUAAUUAACAAACUGUAAAAAUGAUAUUGUACUAGUGCAGUUAGAAAUGUUACCAGUAUGUUAAAGUUAAAGACAAGUACAAACUGUUAGAUGUUACCAUAACUGUGAUUAGUUUUGACUUUUGUUGCCUUUACUUUUUUGUUGUAACUAUUUUUUUAAAGUUUAAUAAAGUAUAACUCAAACUCA